CACGACACGGAGCCUUUUAACAAGACACUGUUUUGUUGCUUGGGCACCUUUCGCCUUAUCUCUCGCAGCGUCUUUCAGCUUCUACCCUCAAGCAACGCCAACGUCAUGCCCGGAGUCCCACCUGAUGCGGUCGACCAACUGAAGAAGGCCUUCAAGGGUCUCUUCAGCAAGAAGAAGGCCAAGAAGGAGCAGACUACGCCGACUGCCACCACCGAACAGCCCGUCGCGAGCACCUCGAAGCCCACCGAGACGGCGCCCGCUGCCCCAGCACCCGCUACGGCCCCAGAGCCCGCUAAGAGCGAGCCUGCCUCCGCUUCGACUGGCACCGCACCUGCUGCUGCUGCUGCUGCUGCUCCCGUUGCUGCGGCCCCAGCUGUCGCUCCUGCUGCCGCUCCUGCUGCGGCCCCAGUAGACAGCGAGCCCAAGAAGGACGAGGCAGCUGCUUUGGCUGAGGUCAAGCAGGCCACGCAGACCCCUGAGCCUGCUGGUGCCGUUGCACCUGCGCCACCAACCGCUGUUUCUGCGCAGACACCCGCGACCGACGCCCCUGCAGCCACCGAGGCCAAGCCCACCGAGGUACCUGCUCAAGUCGCUGAGCCUCCUGCUCCUGCGCCUUCAGCAGAUCUACCCUCUAUCCCUACAAUCAAGCCUGCUCCUGGCAUGUCUGCUACCAGCGGUCCUUUGGACGAGCCUGACUUCAGCUCUGAGCAGAAGCCGGCGCCCACUGCUGCCCCUGCGACAGCUGCGGCUCCUGUUGUGGCUGCACCUGCACCCACAGCAACCGAGCCUACGGAAAAGUAAUUUUUUUCGUACCACAACACGUCAGGAAGAGGGUAGUGCCUCAUAAAGACUGUCCAAGGGGGCGCAUGUUCAGCGAUUUUUUCCGCAUUUUCCUUUUCCCUAAUACUAUACCCCAAUUACAUAUCAGCGAGCGAGUUGGAUUCUUAAUUCGGGCAGAGGGCUCCGGUGUUGGAGUAGCGAAUCGAAAACAGUUGUUUCGAG